AUGAUAAAAAACAAUUCCUUCCAAUCCCCUCUCCCUCUCUCAAAAGAAGGUCUAUUCUCCCCGGGCGGUCCAACACCAACAUUCAACCCACCAAAUCUAGACACCGCAACAAAGAACUACCACCUAAAUCACCUCGCAAUACGCAUUACAGAACCAGCUCGUUCUCUAUACUUCUACAUCGAUCUCCUAGGCAUGCGAGUAAUCUUCAGCAUGAAUGCAGGACCAUUCACGAUCUAUUAUCUUGGACACCCACCACCUGAGACAAAAGAUGGAGAGGUGGGGAAAUGGGCGGGGGAAACGGCAGAGAUACCCGUUUUGAUGAGGACGAAGGGAUUGUUGGAGUUGUACCAUGUGCAUGGGACUGAGAAUGGGAUUGGAGAGACUGGGUCAAGUGCAGAUUCACAGACAACUGUUUCGAAUGGCAAUGUUCCUCCUCAUUUGGGCUUUGCGCAUUUGGGAUUCACGGUUCCGGAUGUUGUGAGUGCGGUGGAGAGGUUGCGUGGAGCUGGGGUGACGAUUUUGAAGGAACCGGGGGUUUGUUCGAGGGAGUCUGUUCCUUUAAGUGAAUGGGAAGCUGAGAGGGGGAUUGGGAAGGGGGAGUUUCAUGCGGAUUAUGCGUGGUUUUUUGAGAAGUUUGCCAUGGUGGCUGAUCCGGAUGGGUAUAUGGUUGAGUUGAUACCACAGGACAUUCAAGCUUAG